UUCAUAUUCCUCUCUCUCAUCAGUCAUCGCAGCACCACAACCAUAUUCUUCAGCUUAAUUCCCUUCUCUCUGCAACAAAAAUGGCUACUCAGGCACUUGUAUCAUCUUCUUUAACCUCUUCAGUUGGUGCAGCCAGACACAGAUUUGGGGCAAGACCCUCCUUUGGAUCCUCUAGAAAAUCAGCUUCCUUUGUUGUCAGAGCUGAAGCCACCCCUCCCGUUAAGCAAGGGGCAAAUAGACAACUAUGGUUCGCUUCAAAACAAAGUCUUUCUUACUUGGAUGGAAGUCUCCCAGGCGACUACGGAUUCGAUCCGCUGGGGCUAUCGGACCCAGAAGGAACCGGAGGGUUCAUCGAGCCAAAAUGGUUAGCCUACGGCGAGGUGAUCAAUGGGCGGUACGCGAUGCUAGGAGUAGUAGGAGCCAUAGCCCCAGAGAUCCUAGGAUCCCUAGGGCUAAUCCCCCCAGAAACAGCCCUCCCAUGGUUCAAAACAGGAGUGAUCCCUCCAGCAGGGACCUACAACUACUGGGCAGACCCCUACACUCUCUUUGUUUUCGAGAUGGCCCUAAUGGGCUUUGCAGAGCACAGAAGGUUCCAGGAUUGGGCCAACCCAGGGUCCAUGGGGAAGCAGUACUUCUUGGGCCUGGAGAAGUUCUUGGGUGGGUCAGGGGAGCCAGCAUACCCUGGUGGGCCUCUGUUCAACCCAUUAGGGUUUGGUAAAGAUGAGAAGUCAUUGAAGGAUUUGAAGCUGAAGGAGGUGAAGAAUGGGAGGCUGGCCAUGUUGGCAAUUUUGGGCUUCUUCGUACAGGGCCUUGUCACUGGUGUUGGGCCUUACCAAAACCUUUUGGACCACUUGUCUGACCCUGUCAACAACAAUGUUUUGACAAGCCUUAAGUUCCAUUAGGGAGUGGAAGUGGGGGUGUAUUUGUAAUUUGUGUAUUAUAUAUUGGACCUUUCAAAAAAAUUUCUCUCUCUCUAGCUUUGAUGUAACAUGAUUUGAGGAAAAAAAAAACUUUUUGUGUAAUUACUAAUCCAACCAUCUCUUCAUUCA